AUGCCAUUCUUCGGAGGCGGCCGCCGCGAACCCUCGCCCGAACCCGUCCGAGAACCGACCCCACCGCCCCCGGAACCCCGCCGCCACGGCCUCUUUGGCUCGCGCCGCGACCCCUCCCCGGAGCCCGUCCACCACCAGCCCGUCGCUGAGCCUACGCCCCGUAAACACAGCCUCUUCAGCUCCCGCCGCGACCCCUCUCCCUCCCCUACCACUCGCACGUCCGCAACCUCCCACUCUUCCCUGUCGUCUACGACUUACCACACCUCCCCCGACGGCCACCACAACGGCACCGGCGGCGGCGGCGUGUUCCGCCGCUCCACGGAUGCGUCAUCCGGCCGCCGCGGCAUCCUGCACAAGUUUGGCGGCGCCGGCGGAGCCGUGGAGAUGGACCCCAGCAUCGUCCAGGCCCGCGAGCGCGUCAUGGGCGCCGAGGCCGCCGAGAAGGAGGCCGACCGCGCCCUGCUCGCCGCCCGGGAGAGCGUUGCCGCCGCGCGAGCCGAGGUGCGUAGGCUCGAAGAGGAGGCCAGAGAGGAGGCGAGGCGGGCCAAGAUCAAGCAGUACCAUGCCCGCGAGGUCUCCAAGCGCGGCAAGGCUCUGGGCCGCCACGGCGACUAA